UGACAUUCUGACAUGCAAUGCCACGCUUGCUGGCUAUGUGGGGGGAGCGAUGGGGCACCGACGUGCUCAGGGGGUGCUUGACACAGCGCAUGAGGGCGGGUGGAGGGAAAAAUGAAACGGAGGAGGGGUAUACACGACGAGGCGUGAUAUUGAGGCGUGUUAGUUGUUCAAGGGCUCCCCCGAUUCAGGACGUGCAAAUAUCUGCACAAUGAGAUAUGUAAGUACAGUCUGC